AUGGAUGUCGCUGCCAGUGUCGGAGUAGGUGGUGGAGGAGGAGGAGGAGGAGGAGGUAGCGGCUCAACCCUGCGGUGGUGGUGGUGGUGGUCGCCAUCGGCGGCGACGGCGCUCGUCACCACGACGGCCAUCGCCACGGCGUCGCUGCUCGUGCUCGCCCGGGCGACGCUCUGGCCGCGCCGGCAGCGCGUGCUGCGCAGCCCGCUGCGGACCGUCAUCCCGCGCGCGUCGAGCGAGGAGCUGCGGCGGCUCGUGUACCAGCCCGACGAGUUCCCGGGGGCGCGCGACGUGGACACGCCGUACGGCUCGGUGCGCGUCUACGAGUUUGGGCCCGAGGACGGCGAAAAGGUGCUCUUCGUGCACGGCAUCAGCACGUCGUGCAUCACCCUGACGAGGAUCGCCCGCGCGCUGGCCGACCGCGGCUGCCGCGUCAUGCUCUACGACCUCUUUGGGCGCGGCUUCUCCGACGGCGUGGGCGACCUCCCCCACGACGAGCGCCUCUACUCGUCGCAGAUCCUCUGCGUGCUGGCCUCGAGCCCCCUCGCGUGGACGGGCCACGGGGCGUUCCGCCUCGUGGGCUACUCCCUCGGCGGCGGCAUCGCCGUGCACUUCGCCAACGCCUUCCCGCGCCUCGUCUCGUCGCUCGUCCUGCUCGCCCCCGCGGGGCUCAUCCGCCCGGAGAGCUUCGGCGCCCUCACGCGCUUCGUCUUCUCCUCGGGCGCCGUCCCCGAGACCAUCCUCGCCCGCAUCACCAAGCAGCGCCUGCAGCGGCCCAUUGCCGCCUCGCGCCUCUCCAAGAACGCCGCAUCCGCGUCCGCGUCCGCCUCGGCCUCUGCCUCUGCCUCCGCGGCGGCUGAUGUCGUCGCCGUCGCCGCCGCCGCCGAGGCCACGGACCUGCACCCGAGCAGCAAGCACACGCCGCUCGAGGACCGCGUGCUCGAGUACGUCCGCUGGAUGGUGGUGCACCACGAGGGCUUCGUCCCGGCCUUCAUGUCGUGCAUCCGCUUCGCGCCCCUGACGGAGCAGCACGACGAGUGGCGCCGCCUCGCCGCCCGCGCCCCCGGCACCACGGCCGUCCUCCUCGCCGAGGCCGACGAGAUCAUCGACGUCGACGACUACACCCGCGACGGCCUCGUCCUCGCGGGCGGCAAGGACAACGUCGUCUGGAGGGUCCUCCCCGGCAGCCACGACUUUGUCAUGACGCACGUCGACGAGAUUAUGAAGGAGCUCGACGCCCUGUGGGGGAUGAAGGCUUGA